CAAUAAAUACCACCAGAAAUCGUCCGAACCGGCAUUCCAGACCUUCAUCAGCUUUCCUCCACUAAACAGAUCCAAGAAGCUCUGAAAGCAGUUCCAUGGCGGAAACCAACUCAGCUCCCCAUAUAGUCGUCGUGUCAAGCCCCGGCAUAGGCCACAUCACCCCUCUCGCCGAGCUGACGAAGAAGCUUCUCGUCCUCCACCAACGCUUCACCGCCACCAUCGUCACCUUCUCCGACCUCCCCCCCUGUUCUCUCCCUCCCUCCAUCUCCACCGUCCAACUCCCCCUCCUUCCACUCCACAACCUCCCUCCCAACACCCACAUCGUCACCCGCAUAUGCCUCACCAUGGCCCACUCCGUUCCCCUGCUCCGCGAAAUCCUCAUCUCUCUUAAACGAACCACCCGCCUCGCCGCCGUUAUCUUCGAUCUCUUCGGAAGCGACUUCCUUUCCAUGGUUAAAGAGCUGGGCAUCCCAGCCUAUAUGUUUAUAACCUCCAAUCUCUUCUUCCUUUCCUUCAUGCUCCACCUGCCGACUCUAGCGGAGACCACCGCCGGCGAGUUCCGCGACCUGCCGGAGCCGCUGAGGCUGCCGGGCUGUGUUCCGCUGAAAAGCGAGGAUUUUUUGGAGCCUUUGCAGGAGAGGGGGAGCGAGGUGUGGGAUUGGGUGAUUCACCUUGCAAGACACUGCCAUCUCCCGGAUGGAAUUUUGGUUAACAGUUUCGAAGCUUUGGAAGCCGGCGCCGCUAAGUUUCUGCGGAAGAGAGGCGAUGGGAAAGCGUCAAUUUGGUGCAUCGGACCGCUUUCACAAUCUAAUUUGGAUAUUGAUUCUGAACGGCCAUCGCAUAAAUGUAUAGAAUGGUUGAACCUGCAGUCGAGUGGGUCGGUCGUGUUCGUUUGUUUUGGCAGUGGUGGUACUUUGUCAUUGGAGCAGACUAAAGAACUUGCCCUAGGAUUGGAGAUGAGUGGGCAAAAGUUCCUCUGGGUGGUGAGGGUACCAAAUGAUACAGAGGCCAGCGGUUCUUUUUUUAAUCCGAAACAGGACGACAAUGAUUCUUUAAUGUUUCUUCCAGAUGGAUUCUUGGAAAGGACAAAAGAGAGAGGGAUGAUAGCAUUGUCAUGGGCGCCACAACAAGAGGUGUUGAGUCACUACGCAAUAGGUGGGUUUGUGUCGCAUUGUGGGUGGAACUCCGUGCUAGAGAGUUUGGUGAAUGGUGUGCCAAUGGUUGCAUGGCCACUUUACUCAGAGCAGAGGAUGAAUGCAGUUUUGCUCGUGGAAGGGGUGAAAGUGGCACUGAGGGUGAAUGUAGGAGUGAAUGGGUUGGUAAGGAGGGAGGAGGUAGCAAAGGCGGUGAAGGAGUUAAUGGUCGGCGCAGAAGGGAAGGAGGUGCGACAAAAAAUGCAAGAGAUGAAGAAAGAAGGGAUGAGGGCUGUGGAGAAAGAUGGGUCAUCUUACAAGGCUAUUGAGGAAGUGGUUAGUAUUUUUAGAGAUUCAACUAUGGCAUGAGUGAUUGAAUUUUCUUGCUACAUUGAAAGGAUGAGAUUGAUGAUGGUUAAAAGCAAAGCCAAGUUACAUUUAAAUGAUGAUGCAAACACCUACAUGUCAAUUAUAACAUAAGCUUUUGUUUGAAGUUGUUUUAUAUUAAUGGAUGUUGAGAUCUAAAUAUUUUUUUCUUGGGAUUGUAAUAAACUACUCUCUUCGUUACAUUCAUCAAUUUAUU